AUAUAUAUCACGCUUCUCUAAACUGCGCUCACCGCAGUCCGAAACAGACAUGGUUUCUGUUCUGGUCGCGUUCGUCCUGGUCUUCGUGGCAUCGUUACAGUUCGUAACGACUCCGGUCUAUGGAGCUGCAUAUUGUGACCACUCUGGAUGGAAUUUCUUUGGCCCCUGCCCAAGGUACAGUCGUAUCGAGUACCAAGGUUCCAAACUUAGCUGCAGCUACUACUGCGGGCCUAAUGAUGGAAUUUGCUACAAAAAAGAGAGGGACAGAAGACCUUGCUUGAACUUUGACGGCGCAUCGAAAGGCAGGUGCUUCAGGGGGCGGUGUUACACACCGGAAGAAUAUACACACAUGCGUCCAGCGCACUACAGAAAUCCAGCGCGAGAGUGCCCGAGAGGAUACGACUACCUGAGAAACUCGAACGGAGUCUCUUACGGAUGCCAGUACUACUGCCAGACAGGCCGGAGCAACAACCCAUAUCCCAGGGAAGUUGAUGGCAGUGACUGUCUCAUUCCAUCGACUGCAGCAAAUGGCAUAUGUUGGGACGGCGAGUGCGUUCGUCAGUGACAGAAUGCAGACGAUGAUGACAGAAGAUGAGAUGGAAAUCGCAGAAGUUGAAAUUUUUUUUUCCAGGGGAAUAAAUAUUUUAUCAAUCGACAA